AGUUGAGAUUGCAUGAGUGAUAGUGUAGAAUAGCAUCAUAGCCGUUGAAUUCGACACUGAGAACUGAGAAGUGAGACCUUACUUCUUACUACACUCACAGUCAACACUGUCAGCUUUCCCAGAAAAGAGAGCCUCUUUCUUUGAACUUCUCACACUACAACCUUUCCCUCUCUCUCUCUCUCUCUCUCUCUCUUGCUCUCUUUCUCUUUCUGCUUUGCUAGUUCAUGUCAUGGCGUUUCUGAACCCUUUCUCUCUCCACAUUCCCAUGUCCUUGUUGCUCUUCCUCCUCUUCUUUUUUUGCUUCUGCAAAGCCAGUACUACUACUACCACCUCUACUACAACAAAGUCACUGUCCCCUUCUUCUUCACCCUCCACCACUACUUCCUCCUCUGAUGUUCAACUUCUCUUGGGAAAGAUCAAAGCUUCACUGCAAGGUAGUAACUCUGACAACCUUGUUUUGUCUUCAUGGAACUCCUCCACCCCACUUUGUCAGUGGAGUGGCCUCAAAUGGGUCUUCUCCAAUGGCACUCCUCUCUCAUGCACUGACUUGUCCUCUCCACAAUGGACCAAUCUCACUCUCCACAAAGACCCUUCUCUUCACUUGCUUUCCCUUCGGCUCCCUUCUGCAAACCUCUCUGGUUCCCUCCCCAGAGAGCUUGGAGGGUUCCCUAUGCUCCAAAGUCUCUACCUUAACAUAAACUCAUUGGAGGGUACCAUCCCUCUUGAGCUUGGUUAUAGCUCCUCCCUCUCUGAGAUUGAUUUGGGUGACAAUAUGCUAAGUGGGGUUCUUCCACCCUCCAUUUGGAACUUGUGUGAGAGGCUUGUUUCCCUUAGGCUCCAUGGUAAUUCCUUAUCUGGGUCAGUUUCUGAGCCUGCAUUGCCUAACUCUUCUUGCAAGAAUAUGCAGUUGCUUGAUUUGGGUGGCAACAAGUUCUCUGGGAGUUUCCCUGAGUUCAUCACAAAGUUUGGUGGCCUAAAGCAGCUUGACUUGGGGAACAACAUGUUUAUGGGGACAAUUCCUCAAGGCCUAACUGGGCUUAGGCUUGAAAAAUUGAAUCUUUCACACAAUAACUUUAGCGGGGUUUUGCCUUUGUUUGGAGGAGAAUCCAAGUUUGGUGUGGAUGCUUUUGAGGGUAAUAGCCCUAGCCUGUGUGGACCACCUUUGGGAAGCUGUGCCAGGACCUCUACACUGAGUUCUGGUGCUGUUGCUGGCAUUGUUAUUAGUCUGAUGACUGGUGCUGUAGUUUUGGCUUCUUUGCUGAUAGGGUAUAUGCAGAACAAGAAGAGGGAGGGGAGUGGGGAGAGUGAGGAUGAGUUGAAUGAUGAAGAGGAAGAUGAUGAAGAUAAUGGUGGCAAUGCUAUUGGUGGAGCUGGUGAGGGGAAGCUCAUGUUGUUUGCUGGAGGUGAGAAUUUGACAUUGGAUGAUGUGUUGAAUGCAACUGGGCAGGUUUUGGAGAAGACUUGUUAUGGGACAGCUUAUAAGGCUAAGCUUGCUGAAGGAGGCACCAUUGCUUUGAGGUUGUUGAGAGAAGGUAGCUGCAAAGACAAGGCUUCUUGCUUGUCUGUUAUAAGGCAAUUGGGGAAAAUUCGCCAUGAGAAUUUGAUUCCUUUGAGAGCUUUCUAUCAGGGGAAGAGAGGGGAGAAGCUCCUUAUUUAUGACUACCUGCCUCUCAGAACCCUUCAUGAUCUUUUACAUGAAGCUAAAGCUGGAAAACCUGUGCUGAACUGGGCUAGGCGACACAAGAUUGCGUUGGGCAUGGCAAGAGGUCUAGCUUAUCUUCAUACAGGACUUGAAGUUCCUGUCACUCAUGCAAACGUAAGGUCCAAGAAUGUGCUCGUGGACGACUUCUUUGCGGCCAGGCUCACUGAUUUCGGCCUCGACAAGCUGAUGAUUCCAUCCAUAGCCGACGAAAUGGUGGCGCUUGCCAAGACGGAUGGCUACAAGGCUCCGGAGCUUCAAAGAAUGAAGAAAUGCAACUCCAGGACUGACGUUUAUGCGUUCGGCAUACUGCUGCUUGAAAUCUUGAUUGGGAAGAAGCCUGGGAAGAACGGAAGAAAUGGGGAGUAUGUGGACUUGCCUUCAAUGGUGAAAGUGGCAGUUUUGGAGGAGACGACAAUGGAAGUGUUUGAUGUCGAACUUCUGAAAGGGAUAAGAAGUCCUAUGGAAGACGGGUUGGUGCAGGCACUGAAGCUGGCAAUGGGGUGCUGUGCACCAGUGGCAUCUGUUAGGCCAAGCAUGGAUGAAGUUGUGAGGCAAUUGGAGGAGAAUAGACCAAGGAACAGGUCUGCAUUAUACAGCCCUACAGAAACAAGAAGUGGAAGUGUUACCCCAUUUUGAGCCUUUCAAUUCAACAACAUGCUUAAGCAAACUAGUGAUUUUUACUUACUACUUGUGUUUCCUUUUUUCUCAGCUGAAUCUGAAUGUGAGGGUAGUCUAUGAUGGUCUAGAGAAUGUUGUUAUUUUUGUUUUUACUCCAUAACUCUUUGCAUUAGGUAGUCCCCUAUUGUUUUUUAAAUCAAAUAUAGUCACACAAUUAUGCAAAUUCUUGCUUCUGGAAA